AUGGAGAUAGCCGGUUUAGUAGUUGGCAUUUUACCUAUCCUUUUGGAAGUUGUCAAGUCCUACUCAAUGAUAUGUGACAAGAUACGCACAUUCCGCCGCUGCACUCGAGAGCUUGAGGAUAUUUUUAUGGAAUUUAAAGCCAUAAGAGUAAUUUUCCUAAACGAAGUACGGUUAUUACUGGGUUCGAUUCAAAACAAAAAGCAAACAAAGGUUGACCUUAAGGACUACAAUAACCAAAGGUGGGUAAACCAAGAGACUGAAGACCAAUUGAGAGCAAUACUUCAAGACAACUACGACGUUUGCGGGGAGAUCAUUCAACACACCGGUCUAUUUCUUGAGGAUAUAGCAUCAGAACUGGAAGGUUUUGAUCCCUUUUUGAGCCAGAAGUUACCGACUGAGUCUUUUAAGACAGCUUACAAACGUUUAAGCAAACCGCUGAAGUUUACAUUCAACAAGUCGAGAUACGAAAAAUGUCUAAACAGCCUGCGAGAUCGGAACAGUGAGCUAAUCUCGCUUCGGUCGCAAGUUGUUGCUAUUGAGCAGCAGGAAGUUCCUUCAGGUAUCUGUAUCCAACAUGUCAAACUGCCCGAUCGAUUCGAGACGAUUCAAACCGUUUCUCGAAAGCUUCACGAAUCUCUUUGUGGAGUUUGGCAUUGUGAUCAGCCUGCGCACUGCGGACAUGACGCUAAACUAUGCCUUGAUGCCGAUGUAAACCAUGACGUAACCUUGGACCUUGCUAUAUCUUGUCGCGAGUCCAGCUAUGUAAAUUCUUCUAGCUCGCCACUACCAGAAUCUACAAUCUGGCUAUUCGUACAAUCGACAAGUACGUCUGCAGACACACUACCAAACACGUCCAAGAUCCAGGAGAGUGCUGAUAUGUGCUCCGAAUUAGCACUCGAACUACUCAAUCCUGUCGUCUCGAGCUCUUCCAAGACUUUGAAGAAAAAGGCAUCUUGUGAUCUUUCGAGAGACUCAGCUCUUAAGAAAAAGGCUCGGCGUGUACAAUUCCAAGUACCUACACCACCACUUCCAACAAAGAUCAACACAGAUGUUACUGGUACGCUAUUCACAUUCGGAGUUGAUCUUUGCAAGACAAAGAGUAUUUGUGACUAUCUGCGAGAGUGUUAUGAGGCACGGUUGCUGAAGUCGGCAAAGGAAUGUAUUGGCUACUUGGAGAGCGCGCACAUGUACAAGCAUCUCUUCUACCUCAAGGAGAGAGCAGCGAAGCCGCAACUGGAUAAUUCGGCAACUUCUACUAUAUCUACAAUCCAGGACGCGCUCAGAGAGGAAAUGUACGAUGCUUUGCAACCCAAGGAUCGCUUGAAGCUAGCACAUAGACUGGCAGUUGCAACUUUACAGUACAACGACACCCCCUGGCUUCCUGAGCGAUGGCGCCUAGGAGAUCUUGGCUAUCUUGGAUCAAGAUCUUCAUUCAACGUCGAAGCUCUCAAGACCUUACACUUCAACUCGCAGAUAUCACGACCCACUACCGUAGCAGACGGACAAAUGGAGGACCUACAGCAAAACACUGGAACGAUCUCAGAACAAACACGUUACGGUAUCAACAACACCACGCUAUUCUUCCUAGGUGUUGCAAUGCUCGAGAUCGCCUACUGGACGCCGAUUGAAGAAAAGAUGACGAAUAUGGACGAGAACAAUCCAGUUUUCGCUGCUCGCAGACUUGUUCUAGAUGGAAGGAUUCCAUUGGGUCCAGAGUACCAGCGAAUCGCACAAAAAUGUCUUGAAUGCAACUUUGGGUUCGGGAACAAGCUGAGCAAUAAGGGGCUGCAGUCUGCAGUAUACAACGACGUGGUAUGUCAGCUAGAUGGGAUCAUUGAAAGGCUUGAGAAGCUGAGUGUGUGA